AGACGCGGGCUUAACGCCGGGCGGCGGGAUGGACGUCCUCAAGUCGGAGAUUCUGCGGAAACGACAGCUGGUGGAGGACCGGAACCUGUUGGUGGAAAAUAAGAAAUAUUUCAAGAGAAGUGAACUUGCAAAAAAAGAAGAGGAAGCGUAUUUUGAAAGAUGUGGCUACAAGAUACAACCAAAAGAAGAGGACCAGAAACCACUAACUUCAUCAAAUCCAGUAUUAGAACUUGAACUGGCUGAGGAAAAAUUACCCAUGACUCUUUCUAGGCAAGAGGUUAUCAGAAGAUUGAGAGAAAGAGGAGAACCAAUUAGACUAUUUGGAGAAACUGAUUAUGAUGCUUUUCAACGUUUAAGAAAAAUAGAGAUCCUUACCCCAGAAGUCAACAAGGGCCUGAGGAAUGAUCUGAAGGCAGCUUUAGAUAAGAUUGAUCAGCAGUACCUCAAUGAGAUCGUGGGCGGGCAGGAGCCUGGGGAGGAGGACACACAGAAUGACCUGAAAGUUCACGAGGAAAACACCACCAUCGAAGAGUUAGAGGCCCUGGGGGAAUCGUUAGGGAAGGGCGAUGACCAUAAGGACAUGGACAUCAUCACCAAGUUCCUGAAGUUUCUUCUUGGCGUCUGGGCUAAAGAAUUGAAUGCUAGAGAAGAUUAUAUAAAGCGCAGUGUGCAAGGUAAACUGAACAGUGCUACUCAGAAACAGACUGAGUCCUACCUCAGACCACUCUUCAGAAAGCUUCGAAAAAGGAAUCUUCCUGCUGACAUAAAAGAGUCAAUAACAGAUAUUAUCAAAUUCAUGUUGCAGAGAGAAUAUGUGAAGGCAAAUGACGCUUACCUUCAGAUGGCCAUUGGCAAUGCUCCCUGGCCUAUUGGUGUCACUAUGGUUGGUAUCCAUGCCAGAACUGGCCGGGAAAAGAUUUUUUCCAAGCACGUUGCCCAUGUUUUAAAUGAUGAAACUCAGCGGAAAUACAUUCAGGGAUUGAAGAGGCUAAUGACCAUCUGCCAGAAGCACUUUCCUACGGAUCCAUCCAAGUGUGUGGAGUAUAACGCGCUCUGAGGUCUCUGCAGUGUUUAUGUGGCACUAAAUAACCCGAGGAGGCGAGGCAGGGCCGGGCUCCUGUCGCUCCCAGGGGGAAUGAAGGAAGAGCAAAGUGAACUUGCCUGUCUCAGAGUUCCACCUGAUAGAGCUCUUGAUCACUUUAAAAACUCUGUUGGUUUUCAUGCAGUUCCUGACUGCACACCAGUUUUCGCGUCUUGCUUUCAUUUUAAUCACUGAAGAGUUCAUUUUUAAAGAGUUUUCCCCUCACCUUAAAUGUAUAGACAGCAGUAACAGGGGGGUUUGAAAAUGAUCUUUUCCCACGUGACCUGAAAAUUAUGAUUAGAUAAUUAGAAACACUUGAGUAUGGAUUCAAUCUUUCUGUAAAAUAUAAAUUGCACAUUGUCUUUUAUGUAGUAUUUAUAGAAAAUAUUUUUGUAUCUUGAAAAAUUGUGGAGCCAUUGAAUGAAACUUUAUAGUCCUUGUUUCUGAGUUUUUACCAUCUUGCAGGAUAAUAUGAAUGCAAAUGUCA